AUGGAUGUAGAUCUGGAUACUGUAUCUGAAGGUGCAGUACUAGUGACUGACAUUGCAAGAGUAGAUGCUGUAUAUCUGAAGGAAUGUUUGUACCACUCUUGCUGCGUGUGCUUAUGUAGUUCAGAGUUGUAUCUCUGGAUGCUGUUUGGUGUUAAAUAUAAAUAUAAGAAUGCAAGUUCAAGAAUUAUCAAUAAAGAUAAAAAAAUAGUAUUGACAGUAUUCCCCAUUCUAUCAGUCUCCGGCCCAGAGGAAGUAGAAUUUACCACUGGGGGUACGCCACCUGGGCGCCGUGCCACCAUAGAGGGUACGCCACCUGGGCGCCGUGCCACCAUAGAGGGUACGCCACCUGGGCGCCGUGCCACCAUAGAGGGUACGCCACCUGGGCGCCGUGCCACCAUAGAGGGUACGCCACCUGGACGCCGUGCCACCAUAGAAGGUACGCCACCUGGGCGCCGUGCCACCAUAGAGGGUACGCCACCUGGGCGCCGUGCCACCAUAGAGGGUACGCCACCUGGGCGCCGUGCCACCAUAGAGGGUACGCCACCUGGACGCCGUGCCACCAUAGAGGGUACGCCACCUGGGCGCCGUGCCACCAUAGAAGGUACGCCACCUGGGCGCCGUGCCACCAUAGAGGGUACGCCACCUGGGCGCCGUGCCACCAUAGAAGGUACGCCACCUGGGCGCCGUGCCACCAUAGAGGGUACGCCACCUGGGCGCCGUGCCACCAUAGAGGGUAUGCCACCUGGGCGCCGUGCCACCAUAGAGGGUACGCCACCUAGACGCCGUGCCACCAUAGAGGGUUCGCCACCUGGACGCCGUGCCACCAUAGAGGGUACGCCACCUGGGCGCCAUGCCACCAUAGAGGGUACGCCACCUGGGCGCCGUGCCACCAUAGAGGGUACGCCACCUGGGCGCCGUGCCACCAUAGAGGGUACGCCACCUGGGCGCCGUGCCACCAUAGAAGGUACGCCACCUGGGCGCCGUGCCACCAUAGAGGGUACGACACCUGGGAGCCGUACCACCAUAGAAGGUACUCCACCUGGGCGCCGUACCACCAUAGAGGGUACGCCACCUGGGCGCCGUGCCACCAUAGAGGGUACGCCACCUGGGCGCCGUGCCACCAUAGAAGGUACGCCACCUGGGCGCCGUGCCACCAUAGAGGGUACGCCACCUGGGCGCCGUGCCACCAUAGAGGGUACGCCACCUGGGCGCCGUGCCACCAUAGAGGGUAUGCCACCUGGGCGCCGUGCCACCAUAGAGGGUACGCCACCUAGACGCCGUGCCACCAUAGAGGGUACGCCACCUGGGCACCAUGCCACCAUAGAGGGUACGCCACCUGGGCGCCGUGCCACCAUAGAGGGUACGCCACCUGGGCGCCGUGCCACCAUAGAAGGUACGCCACCUGGGCGCCGUGCCACCAUAGAGGGUACGACACCUGGGCGCCGUGCCACCAUAGAGGGUACGACACCUGGGAGCCGUACCACCAUAGAGGGUACGCCACCUGGGCGCCGUGCCACCAUAGAGGGUACGCCACCUGGGCGCCGUGCCACCAUAGAGGGUACGCCACCUGGGCGCCGUGCCACCAUAGAGGGUACGCCACCUGGGCGCCGUGCCACCAUAGAGGGUACGCCACCUGGGCGCCGUGCCACCAUAGAGGGUACGCCACCUGGGCGCCGUGCCACCAUAGAGGGUACGCCACCUGGGCGCCGUGCCACCAUAGAGGGUACGCCACCUGGGCGCCGUGCCACCAUAGAGGGUACGCCACCUGGGCGCCGUGCCACCAUAGAGGGUACGCCACCUGGGCGCCGUGCCACCAUAGAGGGUACGCCACCUGGGCGCCGUGCCACCAUAGAGGGUACGCCACCUGGGCGCCGUGCCACCAUAGAGGGUACGCCACCUGGGCGCCGUGCCACCAUAGAGGGUACGCCACCUGGGCGCCGUGCCACCAUAGAGGGUACGCCACCUGGGCGCCGUGCCACCAUAGAGGGUACGCCACCUGGGCGCCGUGCCACCAUAGAGGGUACGCCACCUGGGCGCCGUGCCACCAUAGAGGGUACGCCACCUGGGCGCCGUGCCACCAUAGAGGGUACGCCACCUGGGCGCCGUGCCACCAUAGAGGGUACGCCACCUGGGCGCCGUGCCACCAUAGAGGGUACGCCACCUGGGCGCCGUGCCACCAUAGAGGGCGGAGGAACUGCUCGUACCAGCUGCUGA